AUGACAGUUUUCCAGGCGGCUGGGAGUGUUUUGGAAACCACGCUCAAUACAAGGGAACCCGCCCUUCUUCAGCCCCGUAAAAGUGUUGUAAUCAGAACCGAACGUGCUAUUCCAGCUGCAAAUUUUGAAGAUGAUGAUGUGUAUGGACAAUCAGUAGAAGAUGAUUAUUGCAUUUCUCCUUCAACAGCAGCUCAGUUUAUCUACUCCAGAAGAGACAAACCAGCGGCAUUUGCUGAGCCGUUAGAAGAAGAAUAUGGCUAUGAAGGUACAGAAGAUACUGCUGAUUAUUUCACAUCUGGCCGUCAGUUGACUGAAGUUGAUAGAGCCCGUCUUAAUUCAUGCCUUGAUCAAAUGAGAGAAGUUUUGGCAGAGUCUGUACCAGAGGAAGCAAUGGUGCAAGCAGUACUGGAUAGUGGAUUUGAUCCAGAGAAGGCUUUGCAUCUUGUGCUUUCGAAAGAGAGUAAGCAAAACAUGAAGACCCCCCAGGAAGAAACCGUGGUUGUAGGAAAGAUGACAAAAGAAAUGUGUACUGAUACAGACAGUUUGUCUUGUGCAGUAAAAAGUGUUGCUGACAACACCAACAAACCUGAGUUUGGAAACUUGACAGCCAAAAGUGGUUCAUCUUGUUACCCUUUAAUUACAAAUGACAAAAUGCCUCUUAAUGCUGAAAAAUCCAAUAUACCUUCAUCUGAAAGGAAGGGAUUGAAAUACUCUUCACUUGUUCUGUCAUCCUCUUUCACUGAUGAUUUGUGUGAAGGAUCAUUUUGUGAACCUGUGAAUAGACAGGCAGAGAAGCAGCUACCAGAAAGUGCUAAUUCUGUAGCUUCGAUUCCUGACCGUGAAGAUGUUUACUUUAGUGUAGGAAGUAACCCAUCUGGAAAUUCUUCUUCUAAGAAGUUGCAAUGCAGGGAAAUGCAGGACUUGAAAUCCUUGCUGAUGCAGAGUGUGGUUUGUGAUUCUCUGAGUCCUGAAGAGAGCAUUCCUCUUGUUUCCUCAAAUACUUCUGAUUGUAGUAGUCAUAUGAAUUUUUACAGUUCUCCAUGUUUAACAAGUGCUUUAGGAAAAUUGGCUCUUGAUAACGAAGUCAGUCAUACUGUAGAUAGAAAGAAUGAACAUCUUGAAAAUUUUUCUUCAGUUAUGCAAAGCAGAAAAAAAGAAAGCCCCUCUUCAGACAUGGCUGCUUUGUCAGUGUUAAGGUCUGGAAGUACAUCAUUGGCUGACUUACUUCAGGAGCACCAGGAAAGCACUGCUAGCCACUGUUACUCUUUGGCUGAUCUUUAUGCCCAGUCAGCAGCAAGCUUCGCUGACAUGAAAUUGGGAACUUCACCAUUAUCUCAGCUAGUAAGUCAACCCCAAACUUCGUGUGGGAUGCCAGAGCUAACAGGAUCUUUGUCUUCUCUAGCUCUCUCUAAAGUUUCUCCACCAAAGGAGGCUGAGAGUUUAUCGCUCUCAGAUUUAAUAGCAGAGACUAUUGAAAUAGAUAAAACUCAACAAAGGACAGACUUCCCCAUGCUCAAUGUAACUGAGUCGAGGCCUUCUAAAGGAACCAGCAUAGAUUUAAGCAUCCUCAUAAAAAAUGCAGAUACGUCUGCAGAACAAAAUGUGGUAGGGCAGUCACAUACCUUAAACCCCGAACCCAAGCUUAUAAAAGAAAAACAAGGAAAAUGUUCUGGCUUUGACAAAGCAAAUAAAAAAACGAAAAGGGGGCUCGCUCCUAAGAGCCGGGAUUUGUCGCUUUCGUGGAUGAAGGCGCUGCGUGCAAGACCCUCAGCUUUUGCCUUAACCUUGUGUCUCCGUUACCCUCCGAAAGGUUACAAGCGGCGCACAGUUGGUAUGCAUAAAGCCUUCCUGUACAGCAGACAAGUGCAAGAUAUAAAACCCAAGGAAACUGGUCCUUUAUUAGCCAUAGCACCAUUUGACUUCCAGUCAGCGUCUCCUGAUGAUAUUGUGAAAGCUAAUCAAAAAAAGUCUUUUACAAGACAGUAG